AGAAUUCUUGUGUCGAGUUGCACAGAUGGGAAUUCCAUAAAAAAAUAAAUUCAGCUUGUGAUCUUAUGGAAAACCCCACUUCUGUAGUCCGGCCUCGACUUUGGUGUGCGAUGUUCGGAACAUACCUUUUCCCUCCCUUUCCCUUUUCUCGUCUCCUUCACACAUGUAUUAUGAUUAUUUCCACUCUUUACGCAAUCCUCCGUAUUAUUUCACCUUUCGGCCCCAACCGAUUCCCCGCACUUGUGGGCGCUAGAGUGAAACUAGCACGAGAGAGGAGUCCAGUCAACAAUCAGCAUCGCUAUCCGCGCUGUCCCUCGGUUAUGUUCCUUUGGGCUUCAAAGUUCGUCCAGACCAAAAUACAGGAGGCCCAAGCCACUAUCAACGACUCAAACCGGGAACUGGAUCGAACAGUGGUGCCUUCUUUUGUUCCUCCCAAUCCUUCCGGGUGGCGGGCCAAUGAUCUUUCGGUUCAUCUUCGGCUAGACCUGAGCCAGGGGCGGGAAUAUCCUGCGGCUGCCUUUGGCUGUGAGGCCCACAGACCAGCCCCAUACGGGCAAGCGUCGUUCGAGGGCGCUGAACGAGUCAGCCCAAUCGUCAUGUUGGCUGGUCUCUGAGUGGUCAUUGCUGGUGCAAGUCGCCGGAUCAGCCGGCAUCUCGUGGUUUGGCCGAGAGUACGACGUGUACGAUGAGACUACGACGUUCACCAGACCCAACAAGGCACCACCCUAGUUGCAUCUCAUCUCCGCCUCUCGGGUCGGGGUAAAGGGGGGCCAGGCACUCUCAAGGCUACCGGUCUGAACACCCCAGAUUUGUCUUCCCCGACCUUUCCGUUGCAUUUCUCACCGGGCAUCUGGAACUGGCAUGGUGCUGCAAAAGAUGGUCGAUUCUCCAGACUUCAACUCUUGAGCACCCCACGGGACCGACAGUGGUCAAGCCGCGCGUCCCCGCGCAAACAGUCGGCUCCCCGAGUGGCUUGGCGUCAGACCGAACAUUCACCCGCUUACUACUCACCUCCGUAGAUGCCGAAACUCUCUCGCCCGGCUCUGCGCCGAUACGGUGGUUGUAUGGUAGAACGGCUAAGACUAUAGGCCGGAAAUCCCUCCUUCCAUGGCACGCUGUGGGUCUCAUUGCGGGAGCGCCACGCCUCGUGGCUGGCGGGCGUUCCAGAAUGCUACCCUCUCUGUACUCUUGUCCCGAAGCAUUGGACGAGUCAGAGAACUCUACGACUGCUCAAACCUGAAUAAUGGCCUGCAUUCAGGAUCUCCUCUGACCUUUUCGAUCUAGGGCAUUCCCAAUGAGGCGGGUAUUCUCCAGUCUCCGCUAUACUCAUUUUGUCCUCCGCUCUGGUCGCCGCCAUUGACUAAAAUGAACCCACCUGGGUCGUCAGACUUUUUUUUUCUGUCCGUCACAAGGACAGUGAGGCCAUGGCACGACUCAUUUCCUUUUUCCUCAUCAGGCUAUUUUCAGUAUCGAUGUCUCUAAACACACAUCGUUUCGAUCCGAUCAGCGCGAUCUAAUCUGUCGUUCAUGGACGGGUACAGAUGUGUACCCCGAUCCCACGCAUAAUCUGGCAUCGGCCUAAUAUCGGCGAAGCGGGGAAAAUGGGGAUUCUAGGGUCUCACAGCCCGCACCCUGUCUGACAGCACCGGGCAUCAUUCUCGAAGCCAGAAGAGUCCCUCGAAUAAUGAGGGGUCAUGGGGCAAGAGCAAGGAUUCCGUGGACAGGCGCAGAACCAAUAUACCAAUGAACAAGCCAAUGGCGGCGCUUCUUGGACCCAAGGAUGGUUCCCAAAAAUUCGCGGCGCCCAUGCGCCAAAUUUACGCCGACGCCUUGGAUAAGUGCUUCUUUCGUGGCCACCAAAGCUUGGUGGCGCCCACUAGCGUCUGCGAACUUUGAUAUAUUUUCUGUUUCGCCUACAUUACCCGGCUUCAACCUUUGCCGAGCUGAUGUUCCCUCCCCGAGUCUAGCCAACAACAUCCUAGCUUGUGGUUAGUCUGGACUGGCGCCGACAAUCCUGUUGACUCAUGGUUCCCCUCCAAGGGCAUCCUUCAGCGAUGUAAUUGGAUGCCAUGCAUGUGCAUGCCGCGGAAGAGACUCCCUGAUCUGGGGCAUGCCUCUGUCAGAACGGCGCUAAUCCCCGCGCAGAGGUUUUAGAAAAAGGAGGAGAAAAAAGAGGAGAAAAAGAAAGAGAAAAAAAAAUUGACUGGCACAAGCGGAUAUAGUCCGUACAGCUAUAUAAUCUAGCAGAUCUGCCCAUGUUGCAGAAUUUCCAGGCUUGCUGAUCAUUCCUCUGUUGUCUCUUUCGCCUCGAUUUUACUCUCCUCCAUCAGUAUCUCGCAACGAUGGCGGUUAGUCAGUCUGUAGUUGGCCGCGCCAACGCGGGGAAGGCUCAUGGUAUCGUGGGUAUGCUGCAGAACCCUUAUGUCUCCCUGACUUGUCUGUUCGCUUCCCUGGGUUGUAUCAUGUACGGUUACGAUCAGGGUGUGAUGGGUCCCGUUCUUGUCAUGGAGAACUUCAAGAACCACUUCCCUUACUUCGAUGGGUCGACCAUUCAGGGUUGGCUCGUGGCUGCUUUGGAGCUCGGUGCCUGGGCUGGUGCUCUGAUCAACGGUGUCCUCGCUGACCGAAUCUCCCGAAAGUAUGCCAUGAUGGUUGCCGUCGUCAUCUUCACUCUUGGUACUGGUCUGCAGGCUGGUGCCCAGACUCCUGCCUACUUCUUUGCUGGUCGUAUCAUCGGUGGUGUGGGUAUUGGUAUGUUCAGUAUGGUUAUUCCGCUUUACCAGGCUGAGAUUGCUCCUCCCGAGCUUCGUGGUUCCCUCGUCUCUCUCCAGCAACUGUCCAUCACCGUCGGUACUGCCAUUGCCUUCUGGCUCGACUACGGCAUGCAGUAUGUUGGUGGCACUACUUGCAACCCCGAGGGCAUUGCCAACCCUUACCUUUCCGAUGGAAGCUACAACUCCGCCCAGAACCACGGCCACACUUGCCUCGGCCAAAAGACUAUCGCCUGGCGUCUUCCUUUGGCUCUGCAGAUCAUUCCCGCCUGGAUCCUGUUCUUCGGCAUGUUCUACUUCCCCUUCUCUCCUCGUUGGUUGAUGAUGAAGCACCGCGAGGAGGAAGCCCGUGCUUCGCUUUCCAAGCUCCGCCGUCUCGCACCCCAUGACCCCCUGUUGCAGGCUGAGUUCCUUGAGAUCAAGGCCGCCGUUAUGUUCGACGAGGAGACUGAGCGCGAGCUCGUUGGUUCCGGCGGCGCUCUCGCCCCUUGGAAGGCUUUGUUCGCCCCUAACAUGUUCAAGCGUCUGGUGCUCGGCUGUGGUACCAUGAUUUGCCAGCAGUUCACCGGUAUCAAUGCCGUCCUCUACUACGCUCCUCAGAUCUUCAGCAGUUUCGGUUUCUCGUCCACCAAACAGACACUUCUGGCUACCGGUGUGACUGGUAUCCUGCAGAUUAUCUUCACUCUCCCUGCCGUCGGAUUCCUGGACAAGUUCGGACGUAAGACCUUCCUUAUUGUUGGUGCCAUCGGCAUGUUCUGUUGCCACAUCGUCGUGGCCACUGUCGAGGGUAUCUACAAGCCUAAGUGGGACCUGAACGAGGGUCUUGCCGUGGGUCAAGGCUGGGUUGCCAUUACUUUUAUCUGGCUGUUUGCGGUUAACUUUGCCUACUCUUGGGGUCCCGUCGCAUGGGUGCUGACCCAGGAGAUUUUCCCUAACAGCCAGCGAUCCCGCGGUGUUGCCAUCGUCGCCUCCACCAACUGGAUGUUCAACUUCGUUAUCGGUCUUACUACCAAGGAUAUGUUGGCCUCCAUGAAGUACGGAACCUACAUCUUCUUCGCUAUUUUCAGCGGUCUGGGUGGUCUUUUCAUCUGGAAAUUCGCCCCUGAGACCAAGGACAAGACUUUGGAGGAACUGGACAUGUUCUUCGGCGGUGAGAAGGAGAGCGUUGCCGCGGCGGAUCGCCAGCGUAUGGAACGUAUCUACGAGACCCUCGGCCUGGCUGGCGUCGAGGUCAUUGAGGACCUCAAGGGCGAGAAGGAGAUUGCUUCUGAGCAGGUUGAGGUCGAGGCUGCCCACAAGGCUUAAGCUUGAUAAGUUUUAAUACCAAGAGAUGGAAUGGUGGUGGUAGGUAAUGGGAUACGAUGUUAAUUGUUUACGUCGUGAUGUAAUGAACGAGUUGAGAUAGCC